AGCCGGAAACUAAGAGAGUCUCCUCAGAAGGCGGGCUGUUUCUCGUCGGAUUGUAAUUUAUGUAACGUCAUCCGGCGGCUCAAAACUUUUAGACCAUAUACCAACGUUGUCAGUAGUUUUUCUAGCUUGGUUUUUAUUUAUUAUUUUGUCGUGAUGCCUUCUGAAAAUCUACGAUGGGAAACUUUACAAGCCUUAAAAAAUUCACCAAAGGGAAAUAUCAAAUACGAUCCAUACUGGUCGACAAGGGGAGAGGAUAUUAUGGCAGGAUAUAAAGAGUCUUUCAGCUUGUCCUCGCACUCUGGGGUCAUAUUGCAGCACCUCAGCUCCUCAUCCCCACAAAAGUCCAGCUUCCUGGGCCCCACCUCCGAAGACUCCAGCCCUGGUCUUUCUGAGGAGAUCUGGGCCUCUGUUUCCUCCACAGGAUCCAUGCCUGACAGCAGCGCCAAGCACACCACACACCUUUUAAAGGCCGAAAGUGAGCAGGCUCUUAGUGACGAGGUGAGGGGUGAAGAUCAAGAGGCAGAUGUCAGUGAAGUUUCCAGUCCUGCAUCUCCACCUGCCCUUUCCCUGCUGUCACCCAAAGCCAUGGAGACUGCAGGCCGUAUUGUCCAGUUUGAACAGAAACAGCGAGAAAAGGCCAAGAUGGCCCUCAGUCUGCGGCAGGAGAUGCAGGAGAAGCUGGUGGUGGCGGUGGCGAGCUCCGAGUCAGAGCAGCUGAAGCGCUUUGAGGAGUUCAUGGAGCUGAAGCAGAGGCAGGAGUACCAGAGCAUGAGGGACAUGAUGGAAAGAGAAACGAAAGAAAGCAUUGGGCGUCAAGAGAAGCUGAAAGAAGAGCAGCGACACAGAAUGAAGAUCCUCAACCUGCGGCUGAGGGAGGCGGAGCAGCAGCGCCUCCGGGAGGCGGAGCUCGAGCGCCAGAGGCAGGCGGAGGGCAGGGAGAGAGUGCGUAACCUUAACACCAUCCAGGAGGAGAUCCUGCAGCUCAACCAACUGCUGGAUCGGUCCACCCAGACUAAACCUGAUCUGCCACUGGCCAGCCUCAGCUCCCUGAGCACUCGUGGGAACCAGCUGUGCUCACAGGUGUCAGAGGUGGUGCGAAAGACGGCAGAGGGAGAAUUUCCCAGUGUGGAGGACAUGACCGUGGCCGAGCGAGCCCUCCACGAGAUGAGGGCGCUGAUCCGGCUGAUGCAGGAGGAGAUCGCUAAGGCUCAAGAGAAGAAGGAGCAGGAGCAGGAAGAGGAGCGCAAGAAGCGAGAAGUGCUGCAGGCGCAACAGGAAGCGCAAAAAAAGGCGGCGCAGUCUGCCAAAGAGAAGGCACAGAGGAGAGGGCUACAGAACAGCGCAGAAGACAGCACUCUGAAAUGGUACAAGGAGCUGCAGGAGUCAGCUGCACAGUGUGCUCAGUCUUUUGAAGACCUCAACUCCCCAAAAGACACACAGACGAAGAAGCUGAAGCUGGAACUCCAGAAAGCAGCCAGCAUCCCCGUCAGUCAAAUCUCCAGCAACUCUGGAUCGCAGCUUCGAGAAAUCUUUGAUAAGAUCGACAAGCUGCUGUCGGGGCGGGCCGUGGUGACCGGUGGGAAGUCUGUCUCCACCUCCCAGCAUUCACAGGGCCUGGAUUUUGUCAGCUACAAACUGGCUGAGAAGUUUGUGAAACAAGGAGAGGAGGAGGUGGCUUCUCACCACGAAGCCGCUUUCCCCAUCGCCGUUGUUGCCUCUGGUAUCUGGGAGCUGCACCCUCGAGUGGGAGAAUUCAUCCUCGCUCACCUGCAGAAGAAGUGUCCGUACGCAGUCCCGCAUUACCCUCCGAUGAAGGAAGGCACUUCCGUGGAAGAAUAUCAAAGGAUUCUUGGUUACCGUGUGGAUGACUCUGGGGUUGAAGGUCAGGACAGUUUCCUGAAGAGGAUGUCCGGGAUGAUCCGUCUCUACGCUGCCAUUAUUCAGCUGAGGUGGCCCUACGGCUCCAAGCAAGGGUGUGCUCCUCACGGCCUGAACCAUGGCUGGCGUUGGUUGGCUCAGAUGCUCAACAUGGAGCCUCUGGCAGACAUCACGGCUACGCUGCUGUUUGACUUUCUCGAUGUUUGUGGGAAUGCUUUGAUGAAGCAGUAUCAGGGCCAGUUCUGGAAACUCAUCCUGCUUCUGAAAGAGGAAUACUUCCAGAGGAUUGAAGCGGUGACCAGCACUGGACAGAUGGGCUCGGUCAUCAGACUCAAACAGUUUCUAGAGACGUCACUGCAGAGCCGACAGAUCAGCCCUCCCAAAGGCCAACUGAGCUCCAUGUUCUGGAGGUCGUGACGGAGGAGGAGCCGCCAUGUUGGACGUUGCUGCAUGACAUCAUUUAGGACUGAAUAAAAUGGAGAGGGCUGUGGUCUCAUGCUGCGAAACUGGUCUCUGUGUCUGGAGGGAGACUUGCUCUACAGUCAACUUUACUCCAUAGCUAGUGAGGAAAAUCAAAGCUGCUCCUGUAGGAAGAUGGUUUUCAGAAGAAGUGCGGCUUCUGUGGCUCGUGAUCUUUGCGUCAGGUUCAUUUACCUGUCGUAGGAGGAUUUUGAUGUAGGAGUUUCGCUGAAAAGAAGAUAUUUAUCUCCAGAUGCACUUGAAGACAUUGUCUCAUCCACACAUCCGUCCUUUCGGCACUGGUUCAAAUGGUUUUCUGGGUGUCAGCGUUGAAGACACUGAAUGGUUUUUCUGCUUCUUACAGCUGUAGAAUAUACUUCAUCUUUUAUGUGUGCGCAAUAAAAGGAACCAGAUCCUUAAAUGGAGACAACGAUAAUGCAAUGUGUUGACGUGUAAAUGCCUCCUGUGCAUUUUUUUGGGGUCUCCAACUGAAUACGUUCUCCAGUGUUCAAAGGUCCUAAUGUGGAGCUUGAUUUUAUUUUACUUUUUGGUCACUACAGGAUCACUUCUGCUUGUGUUUUUAUUAAGUGCAGACAGAAAAAUUGUGUUGAAUGGUUUGCAUUUUUGCUAUUUAUUUUAUUAGGGCUUCACCAUGUGGAACAAAGAUUUGUGGUCUAAUGAACUGCCAGUUUAAUGGAUGUGAGUGAGGUCAUCUCAAGUUUAGAAAUAUAACUGGGUUUUACUGUGAAACUCAAGUGCAUUGGUCAGUAUUUCCACAACUAAAAUGAUUUGCUUCUCAUGUCGCAACAGAAAUCUUUAAAAGAAUCUUUAAAAAAUCUUUAAAAAAUGCUUUUAAAGUGCUUUUUUGUUGCAGGGAUCAUUUUAGAAUUGUGUUCUGAAUAUAUAAUGUCCAUUACACAAGUGCAUGAGCCCAGUGAUUGCAAUCUCCCUAACCAGUUGUCUGAAAUAAAACCUCAUCAGCUUACUGGAAA